AUGGCUGAGUGGGUUUCGAUCGGACCGAGGGGCCGGGCUGCCGGGGGGGCGGGUGGGUGUUCCGGGGCCGGGGGGAGGCCGAGGGGUCGAGGGGGGGUUGUGGGGGGAAAAACCUUUGUGGGCGGGUGGGGCGGACGGGGCGUGCGGGCGCACGGGGCGGGACGGCGGGUGUGCGGGGGCGGCGGGGGUCGCGGGUUCGGUGGGGGGGGCGGUGGGGGGGAGGGGCGGCGGGGGGGGGGGGGGCGGGUAUCGGCGGGGGGGGGCGGGGGGGCGGAUCGGGGGGGGGGCGGCGGCGGGGGCGGCCGGGGUCGGGGCUCCUCUAAACGCCAACCUCAUGACCGACUUCGGGCUAGAUCUCUCAGCUCAUAUACAUCAUCAGUUACCUCCACAUUCUUCCCCUCGGAUUCGAUGCUCCAUACUACUCCCAACCUCUCCCAUUGCUUUCCACCGACCUACCCGGCAUGCAUCUCCACUCAUGCAUGCAAACAAGCCCCUUACCACAUUCUGGAUCGCCUGUGCUCUGCCGCUAAGCAAACUGGUUUACUCAAAUUCAUUAGUUACCCACCAGCUCAAGAGAUGCCUCGACUAGAAGCCCAUAGCUCCCUAAUGCCCUCUUACUUUCGGACGAAUCUAUAG